CCGUAAACAGAAGGACGGAUCGGGCGGACGGAUCGUGCAGAGUUUCUCCUCCUCUUAUUUCGUUUAUUUUGUUUAUUUCGUGUUUUUUCUUUCACAUUUUCCCUCGUGGACACAGAGGGUCACGUGCCACAGCCCGCGUAAAGGUGAGAAAAGAUGCGCCCCCUGGAGCCGGUGGCGAAGCGUCUGUUGAAGGCGGUGAUCGCGGUGGAGCUGCUCGGAGUGUUCGGCGCCUACGGACUUUUCCAGGCCAUGAACUCCAGCCAAGACUUCAGGAGCAAAGUGAACAGACGCUUCCCGUCCGUCCUGGAAGCGUAUUAUCUGUCCAACGAGUGGGCGGGAGUGUACGGCAUCAGAGAGCGAGACCGCGACGCCUGGAGACAGAACUGACCCGGGACCUGGACCUGGACCGGGACCUGGGACCGGGACCGGGACCUGGACCUGGACUGGGACCGGGACCUGGACCGGGUUUUAUUCACACAGCCUGAUCUGUCACUUCCUCCUCUUGGCGUUGGACUUCCUGUUUCCUGCGGGCGCGCGUGCGUUGGACUUCCUGUUUCCUGCGGGCGCGCGUGCGGGGAACUUCCUGUUUCCUGCGGGCGCGUGCGGUUUCCUCUUCCUCUGGAACAUGCUCUUCUUCCUCCUCAGAGUUUUGGCGUCGCGGUCGUGGAUCCAGUCGUCGCGCUGAGACUCCCACUUCAGCUGCUUCACACCUGGACACAACCGACCAAUCACAGCACACACUGUCACUGUUACCGGGCAGAACACCACGCCCACACACGAACCGACCAAUCACAUCACACACUGUCACUGUUACCGGGCAGAACACCACGCCCACACACGAACCGACCAAUCAGAUUAAACGAAACAACUGGAUUUUAUGAGUUUGAAGUUGUUUUGACACAUCGACGUCUUGAUCAAAUCCAUGUAACUGCACAAAGUCAGAACUUUUAAAAAGGAAACAAAGAGGGAAGUUCUGCAUUAAAUAUUUAACUUUUAUUUUCUGUGCCUCAUCAGGGUGUGUGUACACGUGUGUGUACACGUGUGUGUACACGUGUGUGUACACGUGUGUGUACACGUGUGUGUACACGUGUGUGUACACGUGUGUGUACACGUGUGUGUACUUUUGACUUUUACUAAAAUUAAAAUAAAACAAGUGUUGGUGUCAAAUAUUUUACAUUAAACCUAAAGUCCCAGUG